CAAUCGCAAUUUUUGGCACGUCACAGCCGCGUCAUCAUGUCUCCGUGUCUGCUUUUAUCAUUGGGGAAUUAAUUUGUACUACAUUAUCAUACCUUAUCGACGCUUUGUAUGUGAACUAUAAAAAUUAAAUAGUUCUUCAAUAGCAUUGAAAAUGGAACUGUUAAAAUCAGUGUCGUCAAAUACACAGAUUUUAUUCCCUGUUGCUGCUGUUGCCGUUGUUUUAGUAUGCGCAGCUCUUGUAUUUGUGUUCGGAUUUCAUACAGCGGAGCAGCCGCAGUUUGAUAAGUUACCUCUAGUGGUCGACGACAGAAAGUCUUCUAACAAGAAAAGGAAAACCAAGGAAAAGAAGUCUUCACCCAACCGCACUGGAGGUGAUGAUGUGAAGACAAAGUCUGAUAAUGUGAAAAAGUCUCCUGCUAAGGAAAAGAAAGAAGAUAAACCGAAAGAAGCAGAGAAACCUAAACCUAAAGCAGCUGAGCCAAAGGUUGUAAGGAAGGAAAUUAAAGAAGAACCCAAAAAGGGCAAGAAGAAUAAGAAUGUUUCUGAACUUGAGAAGCCAGCUGACUUUGAUGAGGGAGUAUGGGAGGAGGUGCCAAAAAAAAGCGACAAAAAGAAGGUAAAGGGCCCAGAAGAAAAGGAGAAGGAGAAAAAGAAAGACAGCCCUUCAAAGAAAAAUAAGAAGAACAAAGAUGCAGAUAUUGAAGCUGCUCGUGUUGUAGUAGAGGAAACACCAGAGGAGACCAUCAAGGUGGUUAGUGCUGAAGGGCCACAUGUAGACGAGGAAUCUGCCCGGGCAUUGCAGGCUCAAGUUGAGGAAUUACAACGAGUUCUCAAAGAGGCUGAGCGCCGAGAUCAAGCAGCACUGGGUGGUGGUGAUAAUGAAGAUGAGGAGCUGACUGAUGUGAAAGAUCUCAGGAGCAACAAGAAGAAAGAAAACAAAGAGAAGCAAAUCAAGAAGAAGGCCAAUGAGUCAGUUGCCGCUGCAAAGGCUACUGCCAAACCUGAUUCGGUAGACAACUCAGAUUCAUCUGAUAAACAAGAAAAUAAACAGAACACACUUGUUUUUGAUGAACUUGGAGAUUCUUGGACUGAUGCUAAAGCAUCGAAAAAGAACAAGAAAAAGGCUCGCAAAGACCAGUGAGAGGUGAGUUGUUCACACAGGGUCCACUUGGGUGCUCCACCCUGUUACUAGCUCAAUGCCAUUCACACCACUGGAAAGAACUACCUUGAUCAUACUAUAAAAUUGUAUAAGUACAUACAAACAUUUUGUUUAAAUUCGGAAAAUCAGUUAUUAUUAUAUUAUUCAUAUUGAAAUUACCAGUUUUUAUUAUUAUACUUAUUUAAAUAUUUUAUUUCAGGGUCAUAGAUUUACAGGGUGUGAAAGUUUAUAUAAGUAAUAUUAGUUUUAAUACCUACCAUAUCUGUUCAUACAUUCAGGUUAUUAUACGUCCAUGUUUUUAGUUGCAUAUUUUAUUUUAUAUCUAGCUCAUGUUGACUUGUUUUUUUAAUAAUUUAAUUAUUGUUUAAUAUAAAGCAUAAUAUGUUACGUUUUGUGUAUGUUAUGAGUCAUAAUUUUUUGUGUUCCGAAUUCCUCGUGACCUUUGGGAAUCUGCAAUAUUUUGUUAUUAAUUAAAGACUGUCGAACAUUCGUAAUGUUUGUCGAGUUACAUAAUAAUAUUAGUAAGUUUUAUAACAAUAGGUAGCUAACCUGUAGUAGCUAUAAUGUAAGGAUUAGGAAUGUAAAUCCAUUAUUAACAUUCAAGAUCUUCUGGUGCUUGUAGAGUGUAAGUGUCUCGUCUCCUUUCAUUCCAUGUAUGCUGAUGUUUUGUCCUUAUCUUACUGUUAACUCAAUUACCUCUGGCAAAUUAUGCAUAUUUCAUUGUCUUUUAAUGUUUAUUAGCUAAUUUUAUUUAGUAUCUACUCGUUAUAUUAGCUCAUUUUGUCUAGUACUGUUAUUGUUUUGUCAUGACGAAAAUAUGAGUGAGACCUGAAUUUGGACCAAUAAAAAAUAUGCAGUUAUGCUGUAAUAUCUAUAUCACUGGCAAUUAGUGAGCUUCAUACUAUUAUUUAUUACGAACCAGUCACCGUUUGUGAAACAUAAUGUUUAGAUUAUAAUAUAGAUAUUUUCCGUCCGCUAUGUAAUACAAAAUUCUGUGCGCAUUCCCUUUUUUCUCUGACUAUUUCUGUUAAAAUUAAUAGUGUACAUCUAAUGCAAAAGUGAUAAUUAUAAUGUAGCUAUAUCUCAAAAUUUCGUCAUCAAUGUAAGAGAAGUGAACAUUACUGUAUUAUUGCAGAUUCCUAUUUUAUAUACCCUAGAUAUAAGAAUAAUUCAAGUUUAGGGUAGUGCCGACAUUUAUAUAUAAAAAAUAUUUUAAAAUUCUAAAUAUCUCUGAAGAUAAUUUAUUAUCAUAUUAUAAUAAUAGGAUAAGAAUCAGAGCGUUUUUGCUAUCUAGAGGAAAUGGUAAAAUAGCUUCGAUACAGAUACUAAAUACGAAUGAUAUUUAUUUAUCGGCUGUGCAAUGUUUUUUACAUACAUAUACGAGUCUAUCAUUUACAAUAAACAUUACAUAAUAUAUUGAGACAUCCUUUGUAGCUAUUUUAUUUAAACUUAUCUUCGAUAAAACAUGUUAUUAAUAUAUAUCUAUAGUAUAAUCACUUUUCUUAUACAGCUCAUGUGUAUAUUUUGACAUAACCUUGUGAUAUAAUAUUUUAGGGCAAAAUUUUCAUAUCUGACGAUUGCACCAAUUCAUAGUGCCGAGUGCUGACGAGGACUAUUCCAUUUUAACGUUUUUGGGUCGUUAUAACUAUAUAUGUAACGAGAAUUUAUUUUCAAUACUUUUCAGUUUAC